AUGAGUGAAAAGCGGAAGAACAUUUCUCUGGAAGAGAAGGUUUCUGUUAUUAAAAAGGUGGAGGCAUCUCCUGGUGCAAUGAAUUUAAUUAUGUACUCGUGGAGGGAAGUCAGUGCUGAAACUACUAAAAACUGUCUCAUAAAAGCAGGAUUCUGUGAGAAUGAGAUGGCAGCUCCUGUGGAAUUAAUGGGCAGUGAUUCUGUCACUAUUGAGGACUUUGUGGCUGUGGGUUACAACGUGGAAACCACAGGAGUACAAAGUAUUGGGCAGUUGACUGCAGAGAGAAGCUUGGAGAAUAAUAGUGGUAGUGAAAGUGACAGUGACAAGGAAGAUGACCCUGUGCCCUCAUAUACUAAAGUAGCUGAAGCGUUUGAAACAUUCAGGAGAUAUAUGAUGGCCCAUAGACUUGAGGACAGAACAGUAGUUCAACUUGCUCAUUUGGAACAAGAAAUGAUUGCGGAUAGAGCCUAG